AUGGCCAGCCCGUCUCUGCCCAACCUGGUGCCUCUGGGCCCCGAGAGCCUGCGCCCCUUCACCCCCGAGUCGCUGGCGGCCAUAGAACGGCGGGCGGUGGAGGAGGAGGCCCGGCUGCUACGGAACAAGCAGAUGGAGAUCGAAGAGCCCGAGAGAAAGCCACGCAGUGACCUCGAGGCCGGCAAGAACCUGCCAAUGAUCUACGGGGACCCCCCACCCGAGGUCAUCGGGAUACCCCUGGAGGACCUGGACCCUUACUACAGUGACAAGAAGACCUUCAUAGUGCUGAACAAGAGCAAGGCCAUCUUCCGCUUCUCCGCCACGCCUGCACUCUACCUGCUGAGCCCAUUCAGCAUCAUCAGGCGAGGCGCCAUCAAGGUGCUCAUCCACGCGCUGUUCAGCAUGUUCAUCAUGAUCACCAUCUUGACGAACUGCGUGUUCAUGACCAUGAGUAACCCGCCUUCCUGGUCCAAGGAUGUGGAGUACACCUUCACGGGCAUCUACACCUUUGAGUCCCUCAUCAAGAUGCUGGCCCGAGGCUUCUGCAUCGACGACUUCACCUUCCUCAGGGACCCAUGGAACUGGCUGGACUUCAGCGUCAUCACAAUGGCAUACCUGACAGAGUUUGUGGAUUUGGGGAACAUAUCAGCCCUGAGAACCUUCCGGGUGCUUCGGGCCCUGAAAACCAUCACAGUCAUCCCAGGGCUGAAGACGAUCGUGGGGGCCUUGAUCCAGUCGGUGAAGAAGCUGUCAGACGUGAUGAUUCUCACUGUCUUCUGCUUGAGCGUCUUCGCACUGGUGGGGCUGCAGCUCUUCAUGGGGAACCUGCGGCAGAAAUGUGUGCGUUGGCCCCCGCCCUUCAACGACACCAACUCUACCUGGCUCAAUGACACCUGGUUCGACAUUGCUGGGCUGAACAAUGACACCUGGUUCAUCAACGACACCUGGAACAGCAAUGGCACCUGGUUUAGCAAUGACACCUGGGACAGCCAUGAGAGCUGGACCAGCAACUCCACCUUCGACUGGGACUCGUACAUCAACGAUGAAGGGAACUACUACUUUCUGGAGGGCUCCAAUGAUGCCUUACUCUGUGGGAACAGCAGUGACGCUGGGCGCUGCCCUGAGGGUUACGAAUGCAUAAAGGCCGGGCGGAACCCCAACUAUGGCUACACAAGCUAUGACACCUUCAGCUGGGCCUUCCUGGCCCUCUUCCGCCUCAUGACGCAGGACUAUUGGGAGAACCUCUUCCAACUGACCCUUCGAGCAGCCGGCAAGACCUACAUGGUCUUCUUUGUGGUCAUCAUUUUCCUGGGCUCCUUCUACCUCAUCAACCUGAUCUUGGCGGUAGUGGCCAUGGCAUACGCAGAGCAGAAUGAGGCCACGCUGGCUGAGGCCCAGGAGAAGGAGGAAGAGUUUCAGCAGAUGCUGGAGAAGUACAAGAAGCAUCAGGAGGAGAUGGAGAAGGCAAAGGCUGCCCAGGCUCUGGAAGGUGGAGAGGAGGAUGGGGACCCCACCCACAGCAAAGACUGCAAUGGCAGUGUGGACGCAGCCCCUGGUGAGCAGGGAGCCCCCAGGCAGAGCUGCAGCGCGGACAGCGGCAUCUCAGAUGCUAUGGAAGAACUGGAAGAGGCCCACCAGAAAUGCCCGCCGUGGUGGUACAAGUGCGCACAUAAAGUGCUCAUUUGGAACUGUUGCACUCCCUGGGUGAAAUUUAAGCACAUCAUCCACCUCAUUGUCAUGGACCCUUUCGUGGACCUGGGCAUCACCAUUUGCAUCGUGCUCAACACCCUCUUCAUGGCCAUGGAGCACUACCCCAUGACUGAGCAUUUUGACAACGUGCUCUACGUGGGCAACCUGGUCUUCACAGGCAUCUUCACAGCCGAGAUGGUGCUGAAGCUCAUAGCCAUGGACCCCUAUGAGUACUUCCAGCAGGGCUGGAAUAUCUUUGACAGCUUCAUCGUCACCCUCAGCCUGGUGGAGCUAGGCCUGUCCAAUGUGCAAGGCUUGUCCGUGCUUCGCUCUUUCCGCCUGCUUCGGGUCUUCAAGCUAGCCAAGUCCUGGCCGACCCUGAACAUGCUCAUCAAGAUCAUCGGCAACUCGGUGGGGGCGCUGGGAAACCUCACCCUGGUGCUGGCCAUCAUCGUGUUCAUCUUCGCCGUGGUGGGCAUGCAGCUGUUCGGCAAGAGCUACAAGGAGUGCGUGUGCAAGAUUGCCUCCGACUGCCAACUGCCCCGAUGGCACAUGCAUGACUUCUUCCACUCCUUCCUUAUUGUCUUCCGCAUCCUAUGCGGCGAAUGGAUCGAGACCAUGUGGGACUGCAUGGAGGUGGCCGGCCAGCCUAUGUGCCUCACCGUCUUCCUCAUGGUCAUGGUUAUUGGCAACCUGGUGGUCCUGAACCUAUUCCUGGCCCUGCUGCUCAGUUCCUUCAGCGCUGACAGCCUGGCGGCCUCGGACGAGGACGGGGAGAUGAACAACCUACAGAUUGCCAUCGGCCGCAUCAAAUGGGGCAUCGCUUUUGCCAAGGCCUUCUUGCUGGGGUUGCUGCACGGUCAGGUCCUGAACCCCAAAGACAUCAUGCAGAGCCUCGGGAAGCCCGGAGAAGCUGAGGAUGCUGGUGAGGGUGCAGCCGAGGAGGAGGAGAAGAAGGAGCCACUGCCGGAGGAUGGUGAGCAGGAUGUGAAAAAGGACAACCACAUCCUGAACCACGUGGACAGCGCGCCCCCCAGCAUCGAGCUGGACCACCUCAACUUCAUCAACGACCCCUACCUGACCAUCCACGUGCCCAUCGCCUCUGAGGAGUCCGACCUGGAGAUGCCCACCGAGGAGGAGACGGACACGUUCUCAGAGGCCGAGGAAAUCAAGAAACCACCACAGCCCCCCUGCGAUGGGGCCUCCUCCGUCUGCAGCACGGCUGACUACAAGCCCCCUGAGGAGGACCCUGUGGAGCAGGCCCAGGAGAGCCCCGAGGAAGAGCCUGAGGAGUGUUUCACUGAGGCCUGUGUGCAGCGCUGGCCGUGCCUGGCCUUGGACACCUCCCAGGGCCGCGGGAAGCAGUGGUGGACGCUCCGCAGGGCCUGCUUCAGGAUCGUCGAGCACAACUGGUUCGAGACCUUCAUUGUCUUCAUGAUCCUGCUCAGCAGCGGGGCCUUGGCCUUCGAGGACAUCUACAUCGAGCGGCGGCGCAUGAUCCGCACCAUCCUGGAGUACGCAGACAAGGUCUUUACCUACAUCUUCAUCAUUGAGAUGCUUCUCAAAUGGGUGGCCUAUGGCUUCAAGGUUUACUUCACCAACGCUUGGUGCUGGCUCGACUUCCUCAUCGUCGACGUCUCCAUCAUCAGCUUGGUGGCCAACUGGCUGGGCUACUCAGAACUGGGACCCAUCAAAUCCCUGCGGACACUGAGGGCACUGCGGCCCCUCAGGGCACUGUCCCGAUUCGAGGGCAUGAGGGUGGUGGUGAAUGCCCUCCUGGGCGCCAUCCCCUCCAUCAUGAAUGUGCUGCUCGUCUGCCUCAUCUUCUGGCUCAUCUUCAGUAUCAUGGGCGUCAACCUGUUCGCCGGCAAGUUCUACUACUGCAUCAACACCACCACGUCCGAGAGGUUCGACAUCUCCGAGGUCAACAACAAGUCCCAGUGUGAGAGCCUCAUGUACACGGGUCAGGUCCGCUGGCUCAAUGUCAAGGUUAAUUAUGACAACGUGGGCCUGGGCUACCUCUCGCUCCUGCAGGUGGCCACGUUCAAGGGCUGGAUGGACAUCAUGUAUGCGGCCGUGGAUUCCCGGGAGCAAGAGGAGCAACCAAAGUAUGAGGAGAGCCUUUACAUGUACCUUUACUUCGUCAUCUUCAUCAUCUUUGGCUCCUUCUUCACCCUCAACCUCUUCAUCGGUGUUAUCAUUGACAACUUCAACCAGCAAAAGAAGAAGUUUGGAGGGAAAGACAUCUUCAUGACUGAGGAGCAGAAGAAAUACUACAACGCCAUGAAGAAGCUUGGUUCCAAGAAGCCACAGAAGCCUAUACCCCGGCCCCAGAACAAGAUCCAGGGCAUGGUGUACGACUUCGUCACCAAGCAGGUGUUUGACAUCAGCAUCAUGAUUCUCAUUUGCCUCAACAUGGUUACCAUGAUGGUGGAGACGGAUGAUCAGAGCCAGCUCAAGAUAGACAUCCUAUACUACAUCAACCUGGUCUUCAUCAUCAUCUUCACGGGUGAGUGCGUGCUCAAGAUGUUUGCGCUGCGCCACUACUACUUUACCAUCGGCUGGAACAUCUUUGACUUCGUGGUGGUCAUCUUGUCCAUUGCAGGUCUCGGGCUCUCCAACCUAAUCCAGCAAUACUUCGUGUCACCCACCCUGUUUCGUGUGAUCCGUUUGGCACGUAUUGGCCGAGUCCUAAGGCUGAUCCGCGGGGCCAAGGGCAUCCGCACACUGCUCUUCGCCCUCAUGAUGUCCCUGCCUGCGCUCUUCAACAUCGGCCUCCUCCUCUUCCUUGUCAUGUUCAUCUACUCCAUCUUUGGCAUGUCCAACUUCGCCUACGUCAAGAAGGAGUCGGGCAUUGACGACAUGUUCAACUUUGAGACCUUCGGCAACAGCAUCAUCUGCCUCUUCGAGAUCACCACGUCAGCUGGCUGGGAUGGGCUCCUGAACCCCAUCCUCAACAGCGGGCCACCCGACUGUGACCCCACGCUGGAGAACCCGGGCACCGGCGUGCGGGGGGACUGUGGCAACCCAUCCAUUGGCAUCUGCUUCUUCUGCAGUUACAUCAUUAUCUCCUUCCUCAUCGUGGUCAACAUGUAUAUCGCCAUCAUCCUGGAGAACUUCAACGUGGCCACGGAGGAGAGCACGGAGCCCCUGUGCGAGGACGACUUUGAGAUGUUCUAUGAGACGUGGGAGAAAUUCGACCCUGAUGCCACGCAGUUCAUCGCCUACAGCUGCCUCUCAGACUUCGUGGACACGCUGCAGGAGCCACUGCGCAUCGCCAAGCCCAACAAGAUCAAGCUCAUCACGUUGGACCUGCCCAUGGUGCCAGGGGACAAGAUCCACUGCCUGGACAUCCUUUUUGCCCUGACCAAGGAGGUCCUGGGUGACUCAGGCGAGAUGGAUGCCCUCAAGCAGACCAUGGAGGAGAAGUUUAUGGCCGCCAACCCCUCCAAGGUCUCCUACGAGCCCAUCACCACCACCCUCAAGAGGAAGCAGGAGGAGGUGUGUGCCAUCCGCAUCCAGAGGGCCUACCGUCGCCAUCUGCUCCGGCGCUCCGUCAAGCAGGCCUCCUAUCUGUCACGCCACAGUCUGGAUGGCAGUGGGGCCCCUGAGCAAGAGGGUCUCAUCGCUGAGUCCAUGAACAAGAUGUACGGCCCGGAGAAUGCCAGUAGCACUGCGCAGAGCCCGGUGGAGGAUGGAGGCACCGCUGAGGACACUGGGCCUGCCCCCAGCCCUGCAGAAACCACCGUCCCUCCUGCUGCACCCCCAGCACAGACAGUGCGGCCCGGUGUCAUGGAGUCUCUGGUGUAG